AUGUGUCUUGACGAUAUUGCAAUUUACAACGAUGCGGAUAUUGGUCAAGAUUGGAGUAAAUGGUUCCUUGGCGGCUGCUCUGUGACCUGCUGUAACGGGACCCUGUCAAGGAUGAGGAUGUGCUCUUCCGGGCAUGACGAGGACUGCCCUGGGUCUGCCUUUGACACCUUUUGGUACAGCAAGAUUGAUUUUAUAUUUCCGUCGUCUGAACAUUUUCAUGUCGCAGUAUGUCCGUUCAAGCCUGUGGACCUAAUCUCCGUCCUUGAUGGCUCUGGCAGUGAAGGUAAGGUAAACUUCAGCAAACAAUUAGCCUUCGUUUCGAAAUACACUCAUCAAUUCGAAAUCGGACAGAACAAAACUCGCGUUUCCUUAGUGACUUUUGCGUCACAGGUAAAAAAUGAGUUUUACUUGAACAGAUACUAUGACAGCAGCAGCCUUACCCAUGCAAUUGAGCACACGCAUUAUCCAAACGGGGAGACAUUCACCAAUUUAGCACUCGACCAUGUUCGCCAACAAAGUUUGUCCCCAAACCAUGGCGCUGAAAGGAGCAUUUCAAAAUUUGUGUGUGUUCUUACGGAUGGAAGGUCCAUAGACGAGAGCGCAACAAGAACGGCGGAACUUCAGUUGAAGAAAGAUCCAAACGUCACCGUUGUUGCAAUUGGCAUUGGAAACGCUGUUGAUUACAAUGAGCUCCUUGCUAUCGCCAGUGAUGCCAACCACACAUUCCGGGUCGCAAACUUCAACGCUUUAAGUUCAAUCAAAGCAGAACUCACUCAGAAAACGUGUAACAUUACAGUCGAUGGUUCUUGGUCGUCGUGGUCACCAUGGUCACAGUGUGACGUCACGUGCGCACAUGGUCACAUACAUCGGACACGCACUUGCACUAAUCCAUCUCCCGCCCUCGGGGGUCAGAACUGCUUUGGAGCGAACCAAGAAAAUAGAGUUUGCAAUCUUGCAAAAUGUCCAGGAGUUUGGUCACCGUUUGGUCACCGUGGUUCAAUGACCAGUGCUCUGUGACAUGUGGAAACGGGACCCUGACGCGUAUACGUCACUGCUCCACUGGCCAUGUAGAGGAUUGUGUGGGAAACAGCAGCAAAAUAGUUCACUGUCAGGAAAUGUCUUGCAAAGUGGAUGGGUCCUGGUCGUCCUGGUCACCAUGGUCACACUGUGACGUCACAUGUGCACAUGGUCACAUACAUCGGACACGCACAUGUACGAACCCAGCUCCCGCCCUCGGGGGUCAGACAUGCUCAGGAGCCAACAAUGAAACAAGCACGUGCACGCUUGCACAAUGUCCAAGUUGGAGUAAGUGGUUCAUUGGCGACUGCUCAGUGACCUGCGGUAACGGGACCCUGUCAAGGAUGAGGAUGUGUUCUUCCGGUCAUGACGAGGACUGCCCUGGGUCUGCCUUUGACACCGUGCCGUGCUCUAAACCGCCAUGCUGACGCAAUAACACUUAUAACAUUCAAAAUGUCUUAAUAAUAUCAAGAAAUUAAAGAUUUUCAAAUGCAAAA